CAUGCCAGCAGGCCCGAGCUAGCCAGAUGGUAUGCAGAACAGUGACAAUGCGCAUGGGACUACGUGGGUCUUUUCUCGAACAGCUGUGGGUAUUCGAAACGUGUCAGUCACAGGCAGGCGGUCACAGUUUGAUGUUCCUAGUAUCACGCUCCCUACCCCUGGUCAAGAUGUCGGGUCACACUCCCUCCGUGAUGAGGCUGGAACAGCGGGCAGCCGAGGCCGACCACAUUAUAGACUACCUCAAACAGCAGYUCCAGCUGCUCAAGGAGAAAGCCAGAGCUUUCUGUCUGAACAUAGAGGUGCAGGCCACCGUCAGAGAAGAGAAGAAACUGAUGGUGGAGAACACCAAGCUGAAGAGGGACAUCGAGCAACUGAAGCAAACACUGCUGGAGAAGGAGAAGAGCAGAGGAGUGAGGGAGGUGGCCAUGCCAACAGCAGGAGACUCGAGUGUCCAGUGUGCCUCCAAGUCCACACCUCCUCAGCCCUCAUCCCCAGCAAGGUCCUCCACCUCUGCUGUUGCCACUGCCAGCCCCCCUCCCAAAAACAGCGAGGGCAAGAAGAAUAGACCAGAGAAAAAGG